AUGGAGCUGCUGUCGGUGUUGCCGGACGACCGCCACGCGCCCCCGGUGGGCGCCGUCGUCGCCUACGAGCGGCUCGAGCACGACAGCGGCGCGACGUGGGGCUGGGCGCUCGGCACGAUUCAGUCGCAGGGCGACGACUACCGCUGCGUCGUCCGCCGCUGGGACCGCGAGGCGUGGGGCGGCAACCAGCACGCCAUCAACGCAGUCAUGCACGAACUGCGGCGGGUAAACGACAGGAUGCGGGCCUCGCAGCACCGCCUCUUUGACGCCGAGCGGCGCAUCAGCCGGCGCGGCUCCGAGCUCAACGGCAGCGCAAGUUACAAUAACAGCAUCAGCAGCAACGACUGCAACCAGCACGUGGCCUACCCCUGGGUGCAGGGCGGCGGCGGCGGCGCUAUCUCAGGGGAGAUCGCGAGCUGCAUCCACGAGAUGAGCCACUGCCGCAACAAGUCAAAAAGCCUCAGCGACGAACUGACCCGCCUGAAGAAUUCUCCCUCCGUGCCCCCCAGCGUGAUGUGCUUUACGCGGCGCCGCGGGGAGGAGGAGACCAUCCUUACCUCCUCCCUCAUCAGGGCUGUGACGGUGGACGUGGAUGCCCCCACCUGCGUCAUUACGGGGGAGGAGGCGGCGGCGAUUAAGGCGGAGGCGGGCGCCAUUCGCCUGCAGCAGCAGCAGCAACUUGGGAGCUUCCGCGACCGCCUUGGCAGCAUGACGGCGGAGCUGAGCUGCCUCCAGGCCUACAACGAGGAACUUGAGGCGCGGAUGAAACUCUAUCUAGACGCCCUGCUUGAGGCGGCGAAGGCGCGUGCCCCGGAAACGGAGGCCCCACGCAUGCCAGCCGAGGGCAGCCUGGCCGAGGUCACGCAGCUGCGGGACGAGGUGCGGGAGCUGGCGGGGUGGGACUGGCAGCGGCCCCAAGCGCAGCAGCUGAACACGCGGUGGGUGGCGACGCGGCACACGCUUAGCUUUCCCUGGGGCGGAGCCGACGUCCUGGUUGCGGAUAAACCGGAGGAACUACUGGCGACAUUCACCACGGAGGUGGUCAACGCCCUCCGCGCCCCGCCGGACUGCGUGAGCCAUGCGACCUUCCAGGCGGCCCCGGCGGGGGGACUGACCGCCGCGUUUGACGUGCGUCACCCCACCAGUGUGCCCAGCGGCGCGGUGGAGGCGCAGCUCCGCGCCUAUAAGUUCCCGUACCUCGAGAACCUCCACCGGGGCGCGGGGGGGCCGAAGCAGGGGCUUGACCGCGCGAUCGAGGACGUGUGCCGCGUGCUGGGCAUAAGCGAGAAAAAAUACAACGGCCUCCGUUUUAGUGACUUCCUGGAGGAGCUGGCGGAGCUCAACAUGUCCGCCGACAAGGACGCCUACGAGAGCGAGGUUGGCGACUUGCUUAUAAUGCUAGACAAGCUCUACGGCGAAAACCGCUCCCUGCAACAUGCCCUAGCCCACUCCAAUGCUGAGGUCCGAGAGCUGACGGCGGAGGCGCAGCGCGAGCGCGACUACCUGCAGCUGCGCACCGCCGACCUCCACCAGGAGGUUGCGCGCCUCAACGGCGUGAUAGCGAAGCUGCGGGAGCUGGCCGACCGCCUGGAGGGCGAGCUGCACCAAUACCAGAUGCAGAACACCCACGUGCAGCACGUACGCACCACGCGGCAACUCCCCGACGAGGCGACCCACGACAAGGACCUCUACUGCGUCACGUUUCAGGAGUACACCGACGAAAAAGAGCGUGCCGCUAGACUAUGUGACGCGCUAGAGGAGGAGAAACAAAACAGCCAGGCAACGCUUCGUGAACUGCAGGCUCACAACCAGCAACUCGAAACACUCUUGGGGGCAAAAAUGGAACAGAUAAAUCAGUUAGAGCCAGAGGUUCGAGCAUUUCGGAAAAAACGUCAUGAUUCAAUACACGCCCGUCUCCAAGACGGAAUGCUCAGCACUCUCCACCCAGGCGACGUCACCGCAGACCCCACUGCAAAGGCCGUACAACCUCACGUCAUCGACACCGAGCCACUUUUUAGUGUGACAUUAGAGGAACUCAAUGAACUGCGCAACACCAACGAAAAGCUGGCUGAGGAAAUGUUGGACAAAGCAGUUAUAAUACAAAAACUAGCAGAGGAGCUUACAGAGAAGGAGGCUGAGAACGAGAAGCUGGCAGGGGAACUGCUCGAGAAGGCAGAGGUUGUAGAGAAGAUGGCGGAAAAUUUCAUACAGAAGGAGGCUGAUAAUGAGAAGCUGGCGGAGGAAAUACUCGAGAAGGCCGAGGUUGUAGAAAAGCUGGCGGAGGACCUCGCAGAGAAGGAGGCCGAGAACGAGAAGCUGGCGGAGGACCUCGCAGUGAAGGAUGUUCACCUUGAGGGGCUGCAGACUGACGUCGGCAAGUCGUUGGAGAGUGUGCGUAGCCGCUGUCGUGAGCUGGAGGAGCUUGCGGCGGCAAGAGAAGUUGCUGCUGCGGAGGAGGUUGAUGUGCUGGAGGGCGAGCUGGCGGAGGCUCUUGUCCAGUUCAAGGCGCUGGAGGGUGAGAAUGCCGCCCUGCUUGCACUGCUUGCUGCAAAGAACGCCGAGCUGAGGGACGCUAACGCGGCCGCACUGACGAAGUUGAGUGAGCUGGAGUCGCGUCUGGCCUCGGCCGAAGAGGAGGCGCGGGAAGAACGUGAUAAGGCGGACAAGCUGAUGGCCACGACGCAAGGGGCGCUACGUGCCAUGGGGGA